CGAGUCGUCUCUUACCUCAAAACCCUCUCUGCUUGAUUGUUGUUUCGCCAUUUUUACUGAAAUGAAAUCUUUCCAAGCCCUGCGAACCCUGACAUCGCUCUCUACUGUUGCAUCUCGUAAACCCCACUUUAAUCGGAGUUUUCUCCGGCGGUUUUAUUCGGCACAACCGGAUCAGGACGAACCUCCUUCCGUCAACGACAGCGACGCCGUCUUCGACAGCAGCCAGUUCGAGAUCCCUGGAAUCGAAGAUUCGGAUGGAGAUUCCGUGAAAAACCCUAGGCAGUCCACUUGGGACAAGAAGUACCGAGCACGGGUCGAUAGAGUGGUGUUCGGGAAGGAGACCCAGAAAGGUAAAGUGAAGAUUAUCGAGGAAGAUACUGAUGGCGAUGGUGAAGAAGGAGAUGAAGAUGAUGAUGAUGAUCGUGUUGAUAGAGGAAGAAUUCUGGCGAGGGCUUUACUGGAAGCGGCGUUGGAGCCGGCCGACGAAGAAGCCGGCGAAGGAGAGGUUAAGGAGGAAGAUCAGAAGUCGCUUAAUGUCGGAAUCAUUGGCCCUCCAAACGCCGGAAAAUCCUCGGUUACCAAUUUCAUGGUCGGUACGAAGGUUGCUGCGGCUUCUCGUAAAACCAACACCACGACCCAUGAAGUAUUGGGAGUGUUGACACGAGGGGAUACACAAAUUUGUUUCUUUGAUACUCCUGGUCUAAUGCUAAAGAAGAGCGGAUACGGAUACAAAGAUAUCAAGGCUCGAGUUCAAAAUGCUUGGACUUCUGUAGACUUAUAUGAUGUCCUUAUUGUGAUCUUUGAUGUCCAUAGACAUCUCACCAGGCCCGAUUCAAGAGUGAUACGGUUGAUUAAACACAUGGGCGAGGAAGCAAACCCGAAACAAAAACGAAUUUUAUGUAUGAAUAAAGUUGAUUUGGUCGAGAAGAAGAAAGAGUUGCUAAAGGUUGCCGAGGAAUUUCAAAAUCUUCCGGGUUAUGAAAGAUUUUUCAUGAUCUCAGGACUGAAGGGCUCUGGAGUUAAAGAUCUUACCCAGUACUUGAUGGAUCAGGCAGUGAAAAGGCCGUGGGAGGAAGAUCCACUCACCAUGAGUGAAGAAGUCAUGAAGAGCGUGUCGACAGUUCGGGAGAGAUUACUAGACCAUGUCCAUCAGGAAGUUCCGUAUGGAGUCGAACACCGUCUGAUGGGUUGGAAAGAGUUGAGGGAUGGAUCUCUGCGGAUCGAGCAGCACUUCAUCACCCCGAAAGUUAGCCAACGCAAGAUUCUCGUCGGCAAGCACGGUUCCAAGAUCGGGAGGAUCGGAACUGAGGCUAAUGAAGAACUCCGGAAAAUAUUCAACCGCCAAGUUCAUCUCAUUCUUCAGGUUAGGUUAAAGUGAAACCAUGGUGGAUCAUAAGUUAAAAUAGAUUUCAGAUGGGUCACGUACGAUUCGGUUGUUGUAAAUGUUGGCUCGGAAAGAAAACUUGUAUUAAAUUUAUUUGGUUUCCUUCA